AGACGGAGGACGGGCAAGCGGAAGUGGGCGGAGCUCCGGCUGACUGGGAAAUGUCAGCCGAUUGACUGGGAGUGGGUUUUCCUUUCCCCGGAGCCCAUUGGCCUUCGGGUGACCACCGCCACGGUCGCCUCGGACGGUGGGUCCCUGACCUCGGGAGGCUGAGGCGGACGCGAGGCUUCUUGGUCCUUUUCGGACGCUGUCUGGCGGGAUCCGACGUCUCCUCCCUCAUAUCUUCCCAGUCCCACUCCCUCCCUCUUCUCCCCCUGUCCUUUCCCUAGUCCCCUGAUAGGGGAGGACCUUCUCCCCUUCUAUCUGAUUGUAGCUUAUCAGGUCUCAUCAAGACUGGCUGCAUCAUCUUCCUCUGUGGCCUGGCAAGGUGGCAACUGUAGUUGGAGUUGAUCAAAGAGCUGGCCACGGAGUUCAUGUCAGAGACAGCGCCUGCCUCCCUACUAGGAAACACACUCGGAAACUGAGCAGCCAAUAGGCUUCCUUUCAACAGGGCGUCCAGGUCCUUUCCAUGCAUGGUCCUUAGUUGGAGCAUUGGUCUCAGAAGGACCCCUGGGCCCAGUGAACAGAUACGGUCUGGAACUACACAUGAACCACUUUGGUUGGAGAUUGUGAACAGUCAAUAAUGAGUGGCGCUGCUUUAGGACUUGAAAUUGUUUUUGUUUUUUUUCUGGCAUUGUUUCUCCUUCAUCGAUAUGGAGACUUUAAGAAACAGCAUAGGCUUGUAAUCAUUGGAACACUGCUUGCUUGGUAUCUCUGCUUUCUUAUUGUCUUCAUAUUGCCGCUGGAUGUCAGUACGACAAUAUAUAACCGAUGCAGGCAUGCUGCUGCAAAUUCCAGCCCUCCUGAGAAUGCCAACGUUACAGGGGCAUAUGUAUCUGCUACCUCAGCUCCAAGACAGCGCCCAUGUUUCAAGCCAUGGAGUUAUAUUCCAGAUGGAAUCAUGCCAAUUUUCUGGAGGGUAGUUUAUUGGACAUCACAGUUUUUAACAUGGAUUCUGUUACCUUUUAUGCAAUCAUAUGCCAGGUCUGGAGGGUUCUCUAUCACCGGAAAGAUAAAAACAGCCCUGAUUGAGAAUGCCAUCUAUUAUGGAACCUACCUCCUGAUAUUCGGAGCGUUUCUAAUUUAUGUAGCUGUAAACCCACGUUUGCAUUUAGAAUGGAACCAACUUCAGACUAUUGGGAUAGCUGCUGCCAACACCUGGGGUCUGUUUCUGCUGGUGUUGUUGUUGGGAUAUGGCUUGGUGGAAAUUCCUCGGUCCUACUGGAAUGGAGCCAAAAGGGGUUAUCUACUUAUGAAGACCUACUUUAAGGCAGCCAAACUGAUGACAGAGAAAGCAGACGCAGAAGAAAAUUUAGAGGAUGUAAUGGAGGAGGUUCGUAAAGUAAAUGAAAGCAUCAAAUAUAACCACCCAUUAAGAAAAUGCGUUGAUACAAUACUUAAAAAGUGUCCUACAGAUUAUCAGGAAAAGAUGGGAAGGAAUAUGGAUGAUUAUGAAGAUUUUGACGAAAAGCGUAAUACCUACCCAAGUGAAAAGAGUUUGGUAAAAUUGCAUAAACAGGUGAUUUAUUCAGUUCAAAGACACCGUCGAACUCAAGUGCAAUGGCAAAUUCUUUUGGAACAGGCAUUCUAUCUAGAAGAUGUAGCCAAAAAUGAAACUAGUGCAACUCAUCAGUUUGUUCAUACCUUUCAGUCGCCUGAGCCAGAAAAUCGAUUUAUCCAAUACUUUUAUAAUCCUACAGUUGAAUGGUACUGGGAAUGCCUUUUGCGCCCAUGGUUUCACAGGAUUCUUGCCGUGGUUUUGUCCAUCUUCUCUGUGAUUGUUGUGUGGUCAGAGUGUACCUUCUUUAGCACAACUCCUGUCUUAUCCCUCUUUGCAGUAUUCAUUCAGCUGGCAGAAAAAACAUACAAUUAUAUCUAUAUUGAGAUUGCUUGCUUCCUUUCCAUCUUCUUCUUAAGUAUCUGUGUUUAUUCUACUGUGUUCAGGAUUCGUGUAUUUAACUACUAUUACUUGGCUUCACAUCAUCAGACUGAUGCUUAUAGUCUUCUUUUCAGUGGCAUGUUAUUUUGCCGUUUGACUCCUCCUUUAUGUCUUAACUUCUUGGGGUUGACCCAUAUGGAUUCAUCCAUCUCACACCAGAAUACCCAGCCAACUGCAUAUACAUCUAUCAUGGGUUCCAUGAAAGUCUUAUCCUUUAUUGCAGAUGGAUUCUAUAUCUAUUAUCCUAUGUUGGUGGUAAUUCUCUGCAUUGCUACGUAUUUUAGUUUGGGCACCCGUUGUUUGAAUCUGCUUGGUUUCCAGCAGUUCAUGGGAGAUAAUGAUAUGACAUCAGAUCUAGUUGAUGAAGGAAAAGAAUUAAUCAGACGAGAGAAAAGAAAAAGGCAAAGACAAGAGGAAGGUGAAAAUCGAAGAAGAGAAUGGAAAGAACGUUAUGGUCAUAACAGAGAAGAUUCCACCAGGAACAGAAAUGUUCAUCCUGAACCCAAAGAAUCAAAUUUCUCAGACACUACUACCAAUUGGUCAUCUAAAUACACAAGAGCUAAUAACAGGACUGAAAGAGACCGAAUAGAACUUCUCCAGGAUGCAGAACCUCUGGAUUUUAAUGCUGAAACAUUCACUGAUGAUUCUCUGGAACCAGAGCCAGGAAGGUAUCAACCUGGUGGACGAUAUCUCUCCAUGUCUUCCAGCGUAAUAUUUGAAGAUAUCUAAAGUCUGAAGAAAUUCAUGGUCAAUGCAUCAGCUCAGCCUUUCUGAACAUCUUUGCACCCUGCAAUUCCUCUGUACUCUAUGAAUAGUGUGAGGGUAACAAAAAAGCCAUUGAAAAUGGGUCACAUCUUAACAAUAUUGGGUUAUUGUUUGUCGAAUAGAGUGUCUUCUUUUCUGAUAGUUUUUAUUGCAUACUAUCUGAAGUGUCUGCCUUAGAAGUGUAGUUCAGUGGAAGGAUUCAAUUCAUGAUAAACAUAGAACUCAGUUGGUUUCAAGUUAAUUUUUUUAGGAUAGUUAAUUUAAAGUCCGAGGAAGCCACAGUCAUACUAAAUACUAUAAUUUUAUAACUUUAAUUUAAAUUCUUACUAUUUCUAAAAAAAAAAAGUAUGUUCAACCUAUAUUUCCCAAAGAAGUGAGAGUGAACUGAGACCUCAGAUAAUUACCAUAUUUACAAAACUCAUGUCUUAAAACAAGGCUUACUUACAGACAUAACUGAAUGUAAACAGCUCUUCCUCAGUUCUGUAUACAAAGUCAUGGGAUUUUGCAUGUAUAAUUAAGAUGAUUCUUCAAUUGAUAGUAUUAGUGUCUUUAACGUGUGUGUUUAAUUGGGUGAAGUAUUAUUCUUUUCAGUCUUUGUAGCAAUUGGAUCUUUUUAUGGUUUUGAUAUUAUUGCUUUGUAAAAGAUUGCAAUUUCAGAGAAAAAAUUCACCUUUAGCAUUUAGCAUAUUGACUUGACACUAAUCAUUCCAUCCAAGAAAAAUCGUGUUAAUGGUGAAUAGGUUUCUUGUUUGUUUGUUUUAUAGCCAAAGAGUUCUCCAAAUUCUCUAAUACUUAAAAGAUGCCUGCUAACGCUCCUUAAAAAAACAGAACAAAACAACUGGCUAUUCUGGCUAUUAAAUGGUAAAAAGAAAAAUAAUCCAUUUAUGAUUAUUGCUAGCACUUAAAUUUUAACUUAGGAAAAAAAAUCAAAGUAUUAGAAUGGAAAUGUGUAGCAAUAACUUGUUUGCUAAACAUGAUUAUUAUUUUAAAUUGGUUAUUUCAACCUUUGCAUAUAAACCAAAGUUGGGUGUUAUGUUUUAAAGAGUCAGUGUUUUGUUACAAAGUGAACAUGUUUGCAGGGGUUAUUUUAUGGUCCUGAACUAUUUGUGUCCCUUACAGAAUCCAUUCUUCAUGGGGUGACCAGAUUUGAACUUGUCAAGGACAGUCUCACACUAUUUGCCUUGCAAUUAAUACUAGUGCCCAAAUGUUACUGUCUCAUAUGCUGAGGACCGAGUUCUGUGUAGGUACUGAAAGGAAGGAUGCAGCGUCCUCAUUAUCUUUUUUUUAAUGGUUGUGCAUUUUAUGACCUUUCAAAUGAUCUAUUGAUAAGUGAUUAUCAAUAGACAGAUUUACUCCGAGUUGAUGAUCGUGCAGCCUGUUCAAUCCUACGAUGCACAUGCACAUAGCCUUUUACUGUGAAAUGCGGUCAGGGAGCUGUUGACCAGAGCAGCGAUAAUGUAAUGUUUAUAAUUUCAUGAUUGGCUCCUGGAUUACGGAACCUUUCAGUGCCUCGGUUUCUUCAUUUUCAGAAUGAAGGAUGUACUUGCUACUUACCUACUGAUCUACCUCACGAAACUGUUGUGAGGGAGUUAAGUUGAUGAUUAAAUGCUGGGGUUUAGAAAAACAAAGCAAGUUUUCUGCUGUGCUGCUCCUUUUUUUUUUUUUUUUUUCCUUUCUUUCUUUUUUUAAAGUAGUACCUUGAAGGGAUAGGGAUGAUCAUCACAGAAAGGGGUCUUUGAGAAACUUAAACAUCCCUAAAGAGAAAUGAAUUAAUUUGUCUGAAGUUUCUGAAAUAGUGUCUCAUCAUUUGUUUUGUAGGUUUACUUUGAAAUAUUUUUCUUAAAUAUGUUUUUUUGUUAAUUUUUUUCCUUAAUACUCAGAUGCUUAUGUCAGAGUAGAAGGAUAAAAAGAGAAGAAAUUUCCAGUUUUAUAACGAACUGUCAUAAUGCGCUAAGACAAAUUGAUAGUGAUGUGGAGGAAUUCAGGUAUUUUCUUUAAGGCUGCACUAACAGAAACAUAUAUACAUAUACCUAUACUUCACAAAUACUGUCUAUCCUUAUGGGGUUUUUUUGUUUUUUUUGUUUUGAGCUAUUGCCACAGUGAGUUUUUGUUAUUUCAAUGAUCCAAAGUGUUCGAAAUUUUAAGGAUUCUCUUACAGGAUUUUGUAUGCAAUCAUAAGAAAAGUUACUUUGUUGGGUAAAUUUGAGUUUACAAGGCAGCAAUUUUGCUGGACAACUUGAUUUUAUUUCUGAGGAAUUAAGUUAAUAUUUAUUAAUCCAUUUGUGUACAGUAUUGACAGUAUGUACAGUAGUUUUCUUAUCACAGACACUUACUAACUUUUAAUGAUACAGUCACAAAAAUAUUACUACAGAAUUCAUAUGUUUUAUGUGCAAAGUAAUUUUCUUAAAGAAUUAUUUCUGGUACUUUUUAUGUCGUUCUUACAUGCUAACAAAUAUCCGAACAGAGUUGUCUGAAGUGUUGGUUUUUUGAAACAGAGUCUCAUAUAGCACAGGCUGGCCUCAAACUCUGUACAACUAAGGAUGACCUUGAACUCCUGAUCCUCGUCCACCUCCCAAGUUCUAUGAUUGCAGACAUGUGCCGCAUCACCCAGAUCAAUAUUUUUAAAAUAAUUGUUAGUUAAGAACAUUUAACAAGUUAAUAACUCAAAAUAAGUAUUGCAGAAAAAAAUCUAUAAAUUUCAAGAAUCACCUAUAUGUAUUGUUUAAUUUAUUUUUUAAAAAGACAUAGCCUUUUAAUUAAUAGUACAUUUUUGUAAAAGAAUUUUCAAUAAGAAUCAAAAUAUAAAAGUAAUUAUAAAUAUUUGCUAGUGCCCCACAUGCAUAGAAUUUUAGAAUAAUUUCAUCCCCAAAGGGUCUCAUUUCACAAAAGUGAUAAGAGUUAAAUCAAAGCAUGAAAGGUUCCCAUCAUAAAACCAGAUUAGAUUCAGUAGUCGAAGCAUCCAAAAAGAAAUAUUGCUUGUUGAUAUGUUUUUGCCUCUACCACUUAAAUUGUCCUAUCUAAAAAUAUAAGCGUAUGUCCAAGUUAAGUGUGGUUAGGAAAGUCACUGUGUGUUUUUUAAUAUGUAUUUUAGCAUGCUAAUGGACGGAUUUUAUUACAUUUAUUUACAGACCUCAUACCUUUCAAACGGGAAUGUUUUUGAUAGUAUAUUGAUUACCAUAUUAAGGGGAAAAUAAAAGGUAUAAUUACAGUUCAGGCUGUAAAGUAAGAGUUAUACUUAGAAUUUGAAUGAGCCAUGCCUGAAAAAUCACAAGGAUGAUAGUACAUUUUUUCUAAGAGACAAAACAUGUCCCUGAGAAGUCAUAGCACACUUGAAUUUUCAAAGUGCAAUGGGCUGUACAAUAUUUAAUUUUAUAAGCCAAGAAGUAAAUGCAUUUAGGGUUUGCCCUUUUGUGCCUCUCACUCCCACCUCCCUCCUUCCCAUCUCUCUUUAUCAUAUACCUUUCAGAGUGCUGACAGAUUUCUCUCUUUGUCUGUUUUAUGUACAUACCUGUUUUGAAGAGCAGUGCACUCAAAGGGAGCUACUUCUGACUUCAAACCCCGCCCCUUGAAAUAGCAGUGUUGCACCUAAAGUAGCACAGCAGAUGUUGCUGGACUAGGAGCAGCGACAGGAUAGAAGCCUGCUGUGUACUAGCUGUAAGGAGGGCACUGCAGUAAAAUUACUGUCACUGUAAAAAUCUGUAUAGAAUGACUUUAAAAUACCCAACAUUAAGAACUGUGAGAUACUUUAUCAUAAAAAGGAAGUCAUAACAAUGCACAUGUUUAAGAAUGGAGCAAUAUAAAAGGGUUACGGGAGCAGUGAAAUGAAUUCUUUUUGGAUGGUACUUCCAAGCCAGUGACUUUUUGUGGCUAGGGACUUGGAAGAUUAGGCAGUUUUAGCACCAUUUGCCAGUCCUGUGAGCUACCUGCCCAGUGGGGCAGGCACUGCCCUCCUUUCCAAACUGCCAACAAAGCAUGCUCUCACCUCCACUUUCUUCCAUUUCUUCCAUAUUAGCUGUGGUGAAAACAACAAAAUUCCGUUUUCAAAUCACUUACUACCUAUUGAGAUCAGGUGAAGUCCUGCUAUAGUUUAAAAAUUUCUUAAUAAAAUAAGACUUGGCAUAAUUCUGUCAUGGCUGUCCUAAAAGAUGUUUUGGUUUCCCAGAAAAGCUUUUCUUUUGUGGUUAUAUUGAUUAUUUAAAAGAUUUUUACUGUGCUUGGUGCAAAAGAGUAGGGAGAGUGCCUGACUGAGGCAGACAUGUGUGAGGCAAACUGACAGCAUUAGAUUAAAGUACACAGCAUUUGGAGUUGGUAUUAGGGCAAAAAUCUUCUGUCUUUAUUGAAAGAAUACUGGCUAAUAUCUUCCCUGUUAGGCAUGCCAAGUUGUAGGGGAGAGACUGUGUUAUUUAUUUUUAAAACAAUCCAAUGGAUUUGUUCUUUUGUGUAUUUUGGGAACAACUUGAAGGAUUUUUCUCAUUUUAGAAGAUAGAGAGUAUGUAUUCCUAUCUUUUAAAUCGCUAUAGCCUAAUAUAUAAAUUAUAGCAUUGAAAAGUACAAAAGCUCUAAUUAUUGAUGUUAUUUCCUGGUAUUUAAUUUUUAUAAAUGUUUUUGUAAGUAAUUGUAGUAUUGCUUUUAAAUAGUUUUAAAAUCAUCCUUAAGUAAGUUCUGACCCAACAUACUGCCUUAGUACGAUAUUCUAAAGUGCAGUAUUCUGAUGUGAAUUUAAAACAUGCCUAUACUUCCUUAGAUCUUUAUAUGUACGUAUAUACACACCAGUACCCAAGAAAAGCAUACCAUAAGCCUGAGUUCCACACUGCAUUGAUGAAGAGCUUGGUAUUUUGCCUUCAUAUAAUUCAGUUGUCUAUGUGAAAUAGAAUUUAAAUUGUUUCAAAUGUGUAUCCAAUCACAAUUUUCAAAAUGUAACUCUUCAUUUGGGGGUGCAUGAUGCCAAGUUUAUCUUUAAUUGGCCUUUAUUACUGGAUGUAUAACAAGGGAUGUUUUCCUACCUGGUCAGUAGGUUGUAGACUUAACUAUCUUUCUGCGUAGCUUCCAACUACAUUUUCAAAUCUAUAUUUGGGAAAAACUGCAAAGUGCUAUCAGUAAGUAAGUUAGCAUUUUGACCUUAUCUAUGCAUAAUGUUUCUUAGUUUGAUUUUGACAAACUCCCUGACUCACAAUUCCCUUGUAGCAUUGUAACUUACUGUGAUGUAAUGAAUUUUUGAAAUGUUUAUAUGAUUCAUUAUUAAAAUAUAGGAUAUUAUGUAGCUUUGCAUGAAAUAAAUGACAUCUCUAUGAGCUACAAUUUUGUUGAUUACUUCAAUGCAUCCUACUUCAUUGAGGUUAAACUGUUUUGAGUAGAUCUAAGUGUUCUUUAUUCUUUAGAAUUCGUUGUCAAAUUUUAUAAAACAUUAAAGAUGAAUAAAUAAUUAUGCCCUAAAAUAAAUAGGUAUACUCUA